UUUUUCAUUUCAACUAAUAGAGAAAGAGGCAUUUUAGAAUAGCUAUAUUCUCUUCCUGAAACAAAAUUAAAAAGAAAAAAAGACUAGUCUUCAAUUUAUUAUUGAUAAUUAAGUUAUGAUAAUUUAUAUAUAAAACACUGACAUUUUUAUUCGAUAAAUAAUUGUUGUAAAAUUACUCUGAACAUUUUAGGUUAUAACAAUGUAUAAAUAAGGAUUUGAGAUAUUAUUUUACGAGCAAUACAUUUAAAAAUUAUAUUCAUCACAGAAAAAAAAAUAUUUUUUUGACAAUAUUACCAUUUAUCUUCACAAACGUAUAUCGUAUAUACACAAUAAGGUAAGAUUGAAGUAAAUUUAUAUAGAACUAUUUUGAUAUUUCAUUUUAAUUUUACAGUAAAAUCGGAAUAAUUAAUAAUUACUAGGCUUGUCUUUGUUUUUAGAAGUAUUGAUUUCUUGGUUGCCUAAUGUUAAAACACGUUAUCUUGGCAUCGUUAUCUUUGUUUUGAACAAAUAUGGAAAGUUGAAGAGCCCUUUUGUUAAAAUUUAUCAUUGCAUUGCACUUAAAAACCUAAGAUAAAGUUUUAUUUUUUUGUUGCUGUACGUUCUUCGAAUCAUUCUUAAUUCUUUUCAAAUUUUUAAAUUGAAAAUAAAAUGUCCUCUCAAGCAUUACCUGAAACUUUCGUGCCAGGAUUUCACGACGAAAAUGAAGUCAGAAAAAUGACUUACAUACCCUUAGGAAACACUGGAUUAAAUGUUAGCAAGAUAGCUUUGGGCACUGCAGGAUUUUGUUAUUUUUAUGGCGACUAUGAUAUAGAGGAAUGUAAAAAAACUGUGCACGAAGCCAUAAAGAAGGGCAUCAAUAUCAUAGAUACGGCUCCAUGGUAUGGGCAUGGCGAAUCUGAAAAGAUUUUGGGUUUGUGUUUGGAAGGAAUUCCCAGGAAAGCAUACUAUUUAAACACAAAAUGCUGUAGAUAUGCCAAAGAUCCUGCCCUUAUGUUUGACUUUUCUGCUGAGAGAACCCGGAGAAGUAUCGAUGAAUCGCUGAAAAGGCUGAAACAAGAUUAUGUAGAUGUUUUACAGAUACAUGAUAUCGAGUUUUCUGAAAAUCUCGACCUUGUAUUGAAGGAAACACUUCCUACAGUUCAAGAAAUCUGCAGAACAGGAAAAGCAAGAUAUAUAGGUAUUACUGGUUAUCCGUUGAGCGUUCUUAAGGAAUGCGUUGAAAGGAGUCAUGUACCUAUAGAUACAGUUCUAACAUAUUGUAGGUCUACAAUGAUCGAUAACUCUCUGGAUGAUUAUUUGAACUUUUUUCAGUCCAAAAAUCUUGGAAUUAUUAACGCAGCCGUACAGUCCAUGGGUUUGUUAACCAAUAACGGUCCAGAACCGUGGCAUCCCGCUGAUAAUACGACAAAAGAAGUUUGUAGAGACGCUGCUGAAUAUUGCAAGAAAGAAAAUGUAGAGCUUGGCAAGUUGGCUUUCCAUUAUAGCUUGAAACACGGAGCGGGCGAUAGCAUUUUGGUUGGAAUCAAAACAAGAACACUGUUAAAUUACAAUUUAGACGUUCUGUAUAAUGGACUAAAUCCAAAGGAACAGGAAGUCUACGCAGAAGUUUUGAAAAUUUUAAAGAAAUUAUCACCAAACCGUCACUGGGAAAAUGUAGAAUUAGAAGUUUAAGAACAAGAAAAUCGCCUAAAUUUCCUUAUUAAAUAUCUAUUACAUCUAUGUCUAUAUUAUAAAGUUUUAUUUUUAUAUUGUUAUAACAUUCUUUUUAUCCUAAUUAUAUGUAUAUUUUGGGUUU